GAAAAGUGAAAAGGCAGGUUUUGGAAGACAGCAGCAGUUCCCAAUAUUGGCUGUCACUGCCAUCGAAUACAAGAAGAUCGAUCCCGAACUCAGAAACUCUUCCACAACGACCUCGCUUUUCCGGCAACUACCAAGAAAUCUCCGACGCUCUUCUCCUUUCCGAUUCUGAUCAAGAAAUCAGAACAAGAGAAUUCAAACAUGGAAAAAAACUCAUCUCAACCCACACGGCGGCAGAGAUUCGCGGUGGACGACGGCGCCGAUCUAAUAGACUGCUCCGGCAAGCAAUGCCAGUCGUGCACCACCGGCUUGGUUGCGGACUGCGUCGCCAUCUGCUUAUGCCCAUGCUCGGUUGUCAGCUUCUUGGCUCUGGCUCUCGUCAAACUUCCGUGGAUGAUCGGGCGGCGGUGUCUGCAGCAGAGCAGGCAGAAGAGGAAAUUGAUUGGGCGGAGAGGAGAACGUAAGGGCGGUGGUGUGGCGGCGGAGAGUGGUGGGGGUGCGGCUAGUGAGGAGGGGCUGCCGCCGUGGUUCGGAGAGGAAGAAGCAGAGAGAAUUUGGGUGCAGUUGCAUCAGACAAGAAAUAAGAGCGGAAUCCAGGCGACCAUUGAGCAUCGAGACUCGAGAGAUAGAGAUCGUAUGAGGAAAGAGCUUCUUGCGAAGAAUCGACUACAGAGACAACGAUGGAGGAUCAACCGACUCGAAUAAUGCUUGCUGUGAACCAGUCAACCAUCAAUGGCUAUCCGCAUGCAUCCAUAAGCUGUAGAAGGGCCUUCGAAUGGACUCUCCAGAAGAUCGUCCGCUCCAACACCUCUGGUUUCCACUUGCUCUUCCUCCAUGUCCAAGUUCCUGACGAAGACGGUUUUGAUGGCUCAGAUAGUAUCUCUGCGUCCUCUGAUGAUUUUAAAGACCAGAACCCUAGGUACAAUUCAAGAGGGCUUCAACUACUUGAAUUCUUUGUCACAAGAUGUCAUGAACUUGGGGUUACUUGCGAAUCUUGGCUUAAGAAAGGCGAUCCAACUGAAGUAAUUUGCCUAGAGGCGAAACGCGUGCAACCUGAUUUUCUAGUUCUGGGAAGCAGGGGGCUUGGCCCGUUCAAGAAGGUUUUUGUGGGCACUGUAAGUGAGUUCUGUGCAAAACAUGCCGAGUGCCCUGUCAUUACAAUCAAACGCAGGGAGGACGAGACGCCCGAAGAUCCCAUCGAUGACUGAGUUUUCAGCCAGUAAAACUCACGGCCUCUUUGAUUUCCCCUUCAUCAUGUUUAUAAAUAAGAAACUUUUGGUGAGCGUCUUGUGCAUUUAGUGUGUAAAGGUUGCAAAUUCGCCACUGAUUUGCAUUUGUGUUGUGAUUUGUUCAAGCAUACAGCCAUUAUUUUGUUCAUUUGAUUGAUGACUCAUUUGGGAUUUGGUAACAUCCUUUCCAUGUGAGAUAUAUAGUUAAAACCA